CUUCUUUGGAAAAGAGAUUUGUACCACUAUGACGUCAAGUGAAUGUGACGACAUUUCGGAUACAGUAAAUGAAAAUCAAAAUAUUGAUUCCUCGACGACAAACAUUGUAACUAAUUCAAUGGAGUUGGAUAUACUAAAUUCUUCAAAUACUUGUACUAUCUAUCUGGAUUAUCCAUAUCAAUUGGAGGCUUGUUAUGUGGAUGAUGAAAUUGUCAACCUUGAGAGUCUAUUUGAAGGAGAAGGACAACUAUUAGAUCAAAUAAUCGAAGAAUCAAGCGAGGUGGCUAUAAUUAUAAAAUCAGAAGAGUCCUCCACAUUAAAUUCAAGAGACAGUGUGAAUACCACUAACAAUGUUGGUAAAGCAAAGGGAAACACAGAGAUUACUGCACUUCUUUCGGAAUUACGACUAAAAUACACUCAACAUUCAAACAUGGAAUGCUUCCCUCACAAUCCAACUAGAAGAGGAAACGAACAAUUUAUAGAGUUUGAUGAAGAGCCGGAGGAUACCCGAGUUGGAAACACCAAUUGGUGUACAUGUUCAAAAUGUCAUAUAAUGCCAACUUAUGUUGAGUCCAUCUGUUGCCAAGAAAUCCAAAAUGCUGAACCGUUCAUUUUGGACUGUUCAUGUAUAACACUUCAUGAGUAUUUUAAUUUAUACUGCCAACGAGAAGAGCUUUUGAAUAUAAAUUUACGUGCCCUUGGACAAGUUCGGACACCACCUGCGGAUAGAGAUCUCAACCGGAUACGGCGUAAGACGGCAUAUCGUUUUUUCACAACUUGGGUACAUGGAUACCUUGGUGUUGGAAACCGCAAACCUAUACCCUCUUGUGCAGUCUAUCUUAUCCGAAAUACCUUUCCAGAUCCAGAGGACCACUACUUGGGUUUCAAAGAAAGUUCUAAUUACCCUGCAGAGUAUUUAGCUUUGGAAUAAAUACAUUUUUAUAGAUAGAAAUGUGAUUUUUCAAAGUCAAUUGUGACGGCUUUUAUACUUUUUCUGUUUAGAAACAGUAAACCUUACUCAUAGAAUGUUUUAUAAGAGUGUUAUUUUGUUUUUGCUGUGGCAUGCAUGACAAAUAAAAAAAAAAAAUCGUUGUUAUUGGUGUUAGAGAUAAUGGGGGUAUAUUACUAGAAUAUGCUCCGAUUGUCUGUUAUGUUAGGGUCCCACCAGUGGUACGCACACCUAUAUCAAGAACAUGGCCACUUUAAGUGAAUGAGACCGCACUCCGCAUGUGCGACCCAGGCUCCAAUUCACCUAUAUGUAGCCAACGGCAGUAGGCCAGUAAACGCGCUUGGCUAUUGUCUGUUGUCUCCUAGGAAAGUGAAGGAGGGUGUCCGUGCAUAAGCAGUACGCCCUCCUUCACUUACGGGGCCAUUUUCUCGAUAUAGGUGUCCGUACAAGCGGUGGUACCUGAAACUAACAGACAAUGGGGGCAUAUCCUAGCAAUAUGACCCCAUUGUCAUAAAUCGGAAUAAACUUGUAAUAUUUAAAUUUUAUACACAUUUGUUAUUCUAAAUCUUGUAGUUUUUUAAUAUUGAAUUAUAUAUUAUUAAACAGAUGUGUGAACAAACAACAGAUAAUAUUUGUCAAAAGUAAAUUGUAUUUUAUUUUCAUAUUUUUGAAAA